GUACAUCCGCGUCGGUCGUUUCGUCUCAAAUAGCCUCUCGCAAUCCCUAAUUCCCACCAUCACCUCCCGGCCUUCUUCUCUCUCUCUCUCUCUCUCUCUCUUGUUGAUGGACUCGUUUCAAGGUCGCCACUUCACCGGAGGAGGAGGUGGCGGAGAUCCCUAUCAACAGCAUCAGCCGCCGCAACAGAACCCCUUCCCUAAUCCCUACCAUCAUCCACCCCAACCCACCACUAAUUAUUCCUACCCUCCUCCUCCCCCUCACCACCAUCCACACCACUAUCCAUCUCCGCCUCCUCCCCCUCCUACGAUUCCCUCUCAGCAUCAGCAGCAGCAGCAGCAGCAGCAAUGGGUUCACCCGGAGAGCCACCUUCAGCACCACCACCCCCCUCUUCCGCCUCUUCCCCCACCUUACCCCCAACCCAUGCCAACGUACGCCGUGCAGUCGACGCCGCCGUUCCACAACCAGUACCAUCCUCAUCCCCCUCUUCCCGCGCCUCACCACGUGCCGCUGCCGCCUCACCAGCAUCGCCUUCCGUCCCCGCCGCCUCCCUCCACAGCUUAUCCUCCACCACCUCAGCAGCAAUGGACAGGCCCAUCUUGGGCUCAACAUCAAGGAUGGGAAUACCCAGAAAGAAACCUUUCAUACAACACAGAGGAUGACUGGGCUACACGGGCUAAAGCAUGGGCUGCUGCCAAGUCAGUGACAGAUAAUCAUCAAGUGCAUUCACAGGUUAUGCCUGUUGGAAGAAUGGAAGAGCAUAGUUACACCUAUCAUGAUCAAAUACACAAUGCAACUGGUCCUCCUUUAGAUGCUCAACAAUCUUCACUUUCUCAGUCAAUUAACCAACAGCUGCCCAACUAUGCCUUGGAUCAACAGAAACAAGUUAAUCAUUCGCAUGGAUAUGCAUCAUUCCCUGCUCCAUAUGUAGCAGACUCACAUAUGCAUUAUAAUGCUGGAGAAGAAGCUGUUGCGCCACACAAAGAUCAUAAUUCGCCUGCAAGAAAUUUUGGAUCAACUUCAUCCAUUUAUGAGAAGGAGGUACCUUAUAGUUAUUCUUCUGUUCCAGGUAACAGAGAUGCUGUAAAUCAAUUCCCUUUGCCUGUAUUAUCUGCACAAGAAGGGUUCAUCCAUCCACAGGCAGCACUAACUGAUGCCAGCAACAAACCUCUGGAUUUUGAGCCUAGGCCUGCUUCUGAAUUUGAACCACAUACAAAAGUUAGUUAUGGUCCUGCUGAUCCAACUCAGACUAUGGGGUUGAUGGAUCGUGAUGCAACUGCCAUGUCUGUGAAUGCUUGGACUCCAACUGUUCCAGGGGUUUUCCCCCAAGUUUCUUUAGCACAAUCUGUGACACAGUUGGAACCUCCUUUUGCUCCACAGCCUUCUUUGGGGCCACAUCCUUCGCCAGUUUAUGGAAGGCUACCUGGACCCAACUUCAGGCCUGGUGUACCACCUACCACUGCACCUUUUGGCUUAGUCACUGGGACAUCACUUAAUCAAGCACCAAUGUUCCCUGCAGAUGCUAGUGGUCCUUUCAAUAUUUCUGAACGCCCAAAAAAGGCUGCAGUACCUAAUUGGCUUCGAGAAGAAAUUAUAAAGAAUAAAUCUGUGAUCGCAAGUACCUAUGCCAGCCACCAAAGUGGGAGUUCUCACAAUUCCAUGGGAUCUGAAGAUGAUGAUAAAUCAUAUAGGAAGGCUGAUCAGGCUGACAAGAGUGUUGAUUCAGCCAAAUCAACUGAUGAUGAUGAAGAUGAUGAGGACGAUGCUCAAGCUGCCAGAUCUGCAGCAAUAAACCAGGAAAUAAAGCGUGUGCUAACUGAAGUUUUGUUGAAGGUCACAGAUGAGCUUUUUGAUGAAAUUGCGACCAAAGUUCUUAAUGAAGAUGACCCGACUGCUGAGGUAGGUGAGAACAAUGAACUUGGAAACAAUAAGAUCCCUAUUCCAAUAGUUUCAGAACCCAAGGCUUCUGCGAAGGUAUUGACAACAAUUAAAGAAAACCAAGAAAAUAAAGGUGUUAAUGAAAGUACUAGCCUGCACUCUCCUGGUGGUGAUAUACUUGGUCUUGCGAGUUACGCUUCAGAUGAAGAAGAUGAUGCUGAUGGACCUCAAAUAUCCAAACCUUCAUUGGUUCAGAGUAGUAAUGGUAGGUCUUCUGGAAAUGAACCAAAAAAUGUUGAAAACGAGAUUAUACUGAAUGACAGGGGGGAACCUGUUAGAGGUUCACAUGAUGGUAACGGUGACAGAGUAAACAAACAUGCUUCACAAAAAUCCAAUGCAAGAAAUCAUGUUGAGAGUUCUCUGUCCCUGGAUGCUUCAAUACCUGAUGGUAAAUUGCAUAAUCAUGCAAGGGAACAUAAAAGUUUAUCUGGCAUUAGUUCACAUGAUGUAGCUGCCAAGUGUGGGCUGGCAUCUGAAUUUUCUUCAGAUGAUCCCAAUUCUCCGGAGUCCAAAGCUAAAACAAUUGGCAAGGGAGGAGUGAGAAUAGAAUAUAUAUGUGGCAACAAUAAAGAUGGAGAAUCAGUCGGUAACGAGAAUCUCAUCAGAGACUCCAAAAUUGUUACCAGUAGUAAUAACCAUCCAGAAGGCAGGAGCCACAACAAAGAAUCAGUUAAGAAGGGAUCAACCGGCACGGAUAAGACAGACAGAAAAACUUCUGAUUCUACUGAUACUGGUAAUCGUGAAAAUAAAAUUAAACUCAAGGAAAAUAUUAAUUUAAAGGAGAUAUCUCAGGAGAGGGGUAUCACACGAGGAGUAAAUGCUAGGGACAAUAGAAUGGGGAGCUUAAAAGAUAAGAAGGAAAGAGACAAAGAGGAUACUGAAGGGAGAAAGGAGAAAGCAAGGGAUGAAAAGGAAGGCAAUUCCAGACGGCUUACGAAGGAUCUAAGGCAUAACAGUAGAAGGUCACCAUCCCCUAACCAUAGAGGUAGAAAUAGCAAGGAAAAUUCAUUGCAUGGUCAUGGCAGUAUUUCAAGUGAUGAGCCUUCUGAAAUCUCAAAAAAGAGGAGGCUGCAGUCUCGGUCACCAUCACCUACAAGGUCUAGGACCAGACAAGUUUCGCGGUCUCCACAUAGGAAGCACUCUCAUCGCAGGCAUUCUCCCUAUUCUUCUGAAAGGAGGAGGUCAAGAUCUACCACGCCAGUUCAUCGAAGGAGAUAAGCAUGGCAGUUUAGUGCUGGAGCAUACGAGACGUCCAAAUAUGGUGCUGAUGAAGUAUGAACGUCCAAUCAGAUGGGUGUUGUUGGCAGAAAAAGAGGAUGUACCACUACUGCUAGCUUGGAUGUGCCAUAUCUUGUUGAAAGCAUCUGAAUCCGCGGCAAGCACACCUCAGAAAGGAGAUGCAGUUUACUCAUUCUGAUGUGUCUGAGAUUUUGUUGGCAGACAUGGUUUUCUGUGUAUGCUUGUCAGUUUUGAAUGUCCGAUAUGGUAGCAGUGAUAGUUGACCACAUUGGUGUAGAAACAAAAUUGCCAAGCUUGUUAUGUGAUUGCCUUGUUUUCUGCUAAAUCAACCUGAAUAGAUUUGGACU